AUGGCCGACUCGCUCACCGCCUCCAACGACCUCGCCCGCAAACGCUCGCGCUCGUCCUCUCCCUCGGGUGACUCUGCCGCGAAGAAGGCGAACCAGGCUGCAUCGGCGCCGGCCAAGCUCGAGGUUGACGAUGACGGCGACAACCUGCUCAAGGACGAGUACAACGGCGACGACACCAAGCCCGAGCACGGCAGCGCACCAAUGAACGUCGACUCGAGCGGCAUCCCCGCCAAGCCUGCAGACCCGAACCCGGAACAGGCGCCGCAGGACUCGAGCGCGGCCCAGUCGCCCGCAGCGCAGACCAUCACGAUGCGUACGCUCAUCGUCACCCAGGACGCGAGCAUCAUCAUCGGCAAACAGGGCAAGAACAUCGGCGAGAUCAGGGACAAGAGCGGCGCCAAGCUCAACAUCACCGAGUCAGUCGCUGGCAACCCUGAGCGCAUCAUGUCCGUCACCGGCCCGCUCGACGCUGUCUCCAAGGCCUUCGGUCUCAUCGUCCGCCGCAUCAACGACGAGCCCUUCGAUGUUCCCUCUGUCCCCGGCUCUCGCGCUGUCACCAUCCGCUUCAUCAUCCCCAACUCUCGCAUGGGCUCGGUGAUCGGCAAGGCCGGUAGCAAGAUCAAGGAGAUCCAGGAGGCUUCCGGCGCGCGCCUGCAAGCGAGCGAGGCCAUGUUGCCCGGUAGCACUGAGCGUGUCUUGUCCGUCUCGGGUGUUGCCGAUGCGAUCCACAUCGCCGUCUACUACGUCGGCACCGUUCUCCUCGAGCAUCCCGUCGCGACGUCGAACCAGACUUACCGUCCUGGCGGCGACUACGGCCGUCCUCCUCCCUCUGAGCGAUACUCUGCCGGCCCUCCUCCGCCUCGCGCGUCCGGCGGCAACACCCAGGUGCAGCAGCUGUACAUCCCGAACGAGCUCGUCGGCUCGAUCAUCGGCAAGGGCGGAGCGAGGAUCGGAGAGGUUCGCGCGGCGUCAGGGUGCCAAAUCAAGGUCAACAACGCGGACGAGCCUGCGCCUGGCUCGUCGCCCAACGAGCGGUUGGUGACGAUCACUGGCGACCCCAACGGCAUCUCGAUGGCCGUGAAGAUGUUGUAUGAGCGGCUCGAGAGGGAGAAGGCGCGCCAAACGGCGGGUGCGCUCUGA